CAGGAAGCGGAAGUGAGCCUUGUCAACCAACGUCCAAAGUCUCUUAAGUCUGUUGUUAGGACCAAAAACAACAAAACUAGCGACAAAUAAGUCGAUUUAAAACAAAGAACGACACAAAGUGACUUUUGAAAGUGAAUAUAUCAGUUGUGAAGUCAGUCAGUCAUGGGCGGAAAUGCGAGUAAUUUACCGAAAGAGAGUCUGUCAGAGUAUCAGGAGCUCACAUUUCUCACAAAACAAGAAAUCAACGAGGCACACAAAAAGUUCUGUCAACUCCAGACCAGAGAGAACGGGCCGAUUGAAAGAGUGUCCAUGCAGAUCAUCAUGACUCUUCCAGAACUCAAAUCGAACCCCUUCAGGGAGAGAAUAUGUCACGUGUUCUCCACAUCUGACCGGAAGGAUGGCAGUCUGAGCUUUGAGGAUUUUCUGGAUCUCCUGAGUGCUUUCAGUGACUCUGCGACCCUGGAAAUCAAAUCCCACUACGCCUUCCGCAUCUUCGACUUUGAUGACGAUGGCACGCUUGAUAGUGAAGACCUGAGGAAGCUGGUGAACUGUCUGACGGGAGAAACGGACGACGCGCGUCUCACCUCAGAGGAAAUGAGACAGCUGAUAGGCAAUAUCCUGGAGGAGUCAGACAUCGAUAAAGAUGGAACCGUGAACCUUUCUGAAUUUCAGCAUGUGAUCUCCAGAUCUCCAGACUUUGUCAGUUCCUUCAAGAUUGUGUUGUGAAGCUGUGAAGCUGCUUUCCGGUCCAGAAUAUUCACCUGUGAUCUUUCAUCCAACUUUUAUCUUUAUUGAUUGUACAUGUAUUCUCUUAUUCAUUCCUUCGUUUGACAUAUUUACAGUUUCUAAUCAGUAUUUUUGAUGAUAUAUUUCUAUCUAAUGUAAUAAAGCUUUAUUCUGUA